ACUAGCGGUGUCAGCACGCUCGCGCUCGCGUCGGAGGUUUUUGCUAUCCCGUUCCGUUCCGUGUUUUUUCGUGGAUUCUCGUGUGAUCGUGAUCCUUGGGUGUUUUCCUAUGUCGGAUACGAAAACGACGACGACGACGACGACAACUACAACGUAACCGAGUUGUGCAACGCAAGAAGAAAAAGUGUUAACUGAGUGGUGAUUGAGCAAAUAUUGAUGUUAGGGAAAAUACUUCGUUUUCACGAAAUGUUUCCAAGCUAAAAUCAGUGAAAAGGAAAGUAAACUAAAGGAUUUAAAGAAGAAUUAGUUUCAAAAUAUUGUGAAUAAAUGGCGCUUACAAAUUAUACACUGCCUUUCGGAAAUGUUCCAAGUUCAGGUUGGGCAACGGUUAGCCCAAUCCACAGCCAGCAUGCGUCGGCCGUGAACAAUUUGCUGUACGGUCCCGCGGGGCACCAAGAAGAUGAUCACAAUGAUCCAGGGUUCUACAACAACAGUCCCUACUCGCAGCCGCAGCAAAAGCGAAGUUCUCCUCAACAAAGCUCUCAAUAUCGGCAGGCGCCGAGAAACAAUUACUUACCCCCACCCCAGAGGCAGCAGGUCUAUCAACAACCACAACAGCAACAACCGCAGCCACAACAGUCCUCUCGAACCUACGGAGAAGGUUCCUACUCACAAGUUCCUCCCAGGGUUCCUAAUCAACAACAGCAGCAGCAACAGAACCCUAGCUACUACAACCCUCCUGCCGGCUACAAUCAACAGCAGCCACAACAACCUCCGGUCUAUAACAACUAUCCAAAUCAGCAGCCGAAUACCGGCUACAGGACAGUAGCUGGACAACAGCAGCCGUCCCAAAAAUCACUGCCUCCACCACAACAGGUGCCUCAACAACAGAGCCCCCCUUCUUCGUCAUCAUCGAACAGGGUACCUCCUCCACCGAUUUCCAGCGGUCGAGGCAUAAGUAGUACCCUGUCCGGUGGGGCAUCCAACACCCCGAAACAACCCCCCGGGUUCGUUCAGGUUCAGGCCGGCAAAGGAUCUAAAUCUCAAGUACACGCCAUACUGGACUACGACGACGAUGGCGAAGAUGAGUACUACGAUGACGGGGACGACGGAGGACCACCGCAGCCGAAUGGAUCCGAUAACCGUAAAAACCCUCGUAUGCAAACCGUUACCCCGAUACAGGGUCCCAUAUUUGUUAAAAAUGGAACAGUUCCUGUCGUGCCAUUAUUUGCGUAUCCUCAAGUCAGCAACGGAACCUUUGUCCAGAUACCGAUUUGGUGGACGGCCCUUUCGGUAGCGUUAGGUCUCGAUGUGCGAGGUGAUGUGAUCAAAGGUGUUCCUUGUGUUAAGAAGUACCAUCAGUUGUUCUGUCCGACGGCCGGAAACACUUAUCCACUAGAACGAAUCGAAACAUUCAUCGAUGAAAACAAGGCGCUCAUGAAACGGAUGUAUGGAGACUUCGAGACGACGUCACGGUAUCCACCUACGCAAUCGGGCCGGAAACGGAAAAGGCACCUGCAGGGAGCAGAUCUGGACGAGUUUACGAUACUGCCGGAGCUGAUGGAUUUGUAUGGACCUCCGGGUUCGAGGGACGAUCCAAAGCUGUACGUCAAUGGUGGGGACUCCUACUUUGGACGGAUACGAAACAAGCGGCAGAAUGGUGGCCGAGGGAGUGGGAAUGGUGCCGGAGGACCCACCGGAGGCAGCGGAAGUGGUCCUGCGCCGAGCAAUGGCCGGCCUAGCACUUCCGAUGGCAGUGGAGAGAAUAAGGGACGACUUGACGCAUGUGAGUCAAAAACCGAAAUCCUCACACCGUACUGGGCUUCCAACUCGGCCGGGAAAGUUCGAGCCAUCGUCAAUACCCAACAUUUUGAACAGGCUAUUCAUCAGGAAGUUUGCUCGAAAACGCAAACCUCCCGGUGUUCCGGAGACUGCGGUUGUGAGCAGAAGUACAAAUGGCACCGACUGUUGGCCUACGAUCCGGACAACGAUUGUAAGGGAAUCUUCAUGGACUGGUUCCUGUUUCCUUCGUGCUGUGUUUGCCGGUGUGAUCCUUAGAGGUUUUGGAACCGACCAAAUCCAAGACUUGUUACACAUUUAGGAGAAAAAGCUUAAAGCUCGUGCUUGGAAUCAGCUCAAGAACAAAGUCUAACUACGUCAUAGGUUGGUGUUAACGUUGGAGUCGUCUACCGAGGAGGAGCCGUUGUUGUGCGUUCUAGUGAUAGUCUUAGGAUUCGAAAGCUCGAAAACUAUACAGAAGAGAUUUUUACGUUGUAUCUUGAAUCCGUUGCAACGUAAGUGUCGUUUAAGAGAGUAAAUUUUACGAAAAGAAAAACAAGAAUCAAGAAUUUUUAGUCAUCGUCAAACGUGCUGAAUAAGGAAAAAAACCUAGCCAAAUAGAACAUUUAGAAUUGGGCUUGUCUUCAUAAGGAGUGCUUGUUUCUAGUGAAAGUUUUGUUACCUACUUAGACAGACAGAUUAUAUUGGCGCCGCUAAUAGUAAGUUAUUGCUUGUAAAUAAUAAGAAUAAAUUUUAAAG